ACGAUUUGGUCUACCUACAGAGCAAAGGGGCGAAGACGAACUACACAUGAAAAUGAUUUCAAAUAUCACAUUUUGCUGUUUAUCCUCGCUUGUACUUCUGAACUUGGUAGGAGCCAACCCCGUGUCCAACCUGCAGAGGGUGAUACGGCUUCUGGAGGAGGAAAGAAAUGUACCAUAUAACGUGUUGGAGGAGAGGGAGGUGGAUGGGAAAGAAUUGAAUACAGAGAAGGCAGCCUUCACGGCGGGAGUAGUGCGUCCUUGGGACUCCGAAGACGCAAGGAAUUCCGCGCUGGCGGGAAAGGAGAAUGCAAUUGCGCGUCUUCUCAAUUACAUUCUGAAGACCUCCAAGCACCCGUGGAGCCGGUUCAAGAAGGGUGGAAUGAGAAGCUGCUUCGGCGUCAGGCUAGAGAGAAUUGGGUCAUUCAGCGGGCUUGGAUGCUAAAGGACAGGUUUUACUGGCUGUUGAUCAGAGCCCAAGAAACUACUCUUACUUGAACUAUUCGACAAGGAUGAACCUCUUCAACUCAGAAAGUAUUGAGAGAGUUUACAAUGGCGUUUGUGAUGAUAUUUAUUUAAAUAUGUGGUUUGCAUUUGGCAUAUUGAAUUGUUCUUAUUUUAAAACUGUACAGACGAAUUUUAAUUUUCAAAUGAGCAUCAAACAUUUGGCUCUUGAUAUAAUAUAUUAUUGUCGUAGGCUAUAUCUAGGUCUAUUUAUUUUCUUGAGAAAAAAACAUGUAUACUAAGAGACAGUGGA